AUGCCCGAUACUGCCUGUACAGAGCAAAUCAAACUCAACAACCAACCAAACUCAACAGCAAACCAAACACAAAGAACACAGAGAGAAACACAGAGAACACAAAGAGACAGAGAUCGUAGACGCCAGACGGUAGAUCAGUCAUCACUCAUCGGAGAUCUGUCGUUGACUCGUUGCUUCCUCCGCUCCGACUCCGGUAGUCCGGCCCUCCCUCAAGAGUGUGCUCGAUGGCUAGCAUUCCAAGCUUGUGCUUUUAGAGGUCAUGAUGAAAGCCUUGAUUCAAAAAAUAGAGGCAAUUUUAUUGAAUUGAUAAAACUUACAUCAACUUUCAAUGACAAAGUAGCUAGUGUUGUCUUGGAAAAUGCUUCUGGAAAUGCCAAAUAUACAUCACCCACAAUUCAAAAGGAGAUUUUGCAUAUUCUUGCUAAUAAUGUGCGAAAUGCUAUUCGUGAAGAAAUUGGAGAUGCAAAAUUCUGCAUUCUUAUUGAUGAAGCUCGGGAUGAGUUGAAGAGAGAGCAAAUGGCCAUCAUUUUGAGAUUUGUUGAUAAAGAAGCUCAUAGGUUACAAUUAGCUCUAGUUACAGCAUCUAGAGAAGUAAAAGAUGUUCAUCAAUUCUUUGAUCAUUUGGUUAAUAUUAUCAAUAUUGUUGUUGGUUCUAGUAAGCGUAAUGAUGAAUUGCAACAUGCUCAAGCAGAACAAGUUGAGAAUAUGAUUGCUUCUAGUGAAAUUGAGACUGGAAGAGGUGCAAACCAGAUUGGUACUUUGCAACAAGCUGGAGAUACUAGGUGGGGAUCUCAUUUUCAAUCUAUUUGUAGUUUGAUUAAAAUGUUUGAUGCUACUUGCAAAGUUAUCAACACUAUUUCUGAGGAAGGGGCUAAUUAUAAACAACGCGGUGAUGCCGAGGGAGCUUAUCAGGUAUUAACAUCAUUUGAAUUUAUUUUAAUCUUGCAUUUAAUGAAAGAGAUAAUGGGAAUUACUAAUGUUCUUUGUCAAGCUUUGCAACAACAAUCUCAAGACCUUUUAAAUGCCAUGCAUUUAGUUUCAACUACAAAAUCACUUAUUCAAAAGUUGAGAGAUGAUGGAUGGGAGCCUUUACUUGCUAGUGUUAUAUCAUUUUGUGAGCAACAUGAAAUUAAUAUUCCUGAUAUGAAUGCUCGUUACACUAAAGGUCGAGGUAGAUAUCGUCGUCAAGAUGACGAUUUAACAAUGGAACAUCAUUUUAGAAUUGGCAUAUUUACAGUUGCAAUAGACUUUCAAUUGCAAGAAUUGAAAAGUAGAUUUUGUGAGCUAACAACGGAACUUGUCAUUCUUAGUUCAACUUUAAAUCCCAAGGAUGCUUUUAGAUUAUUCAAAAUUGUUUAUAUAUGCAAUUUGGUUAAGAAAUAUUAUCCUCAAGAUUUCACUGAACAUGAACAAGAACUUUUGGAGUCUCAAUUGCGACAUUAUGAGCUUGAUGUGAUAAAACAUCCAGAUUUUCAGAAUAUGACUAAUGGGGGUUAUGCAUUGGUACUCCGAUACCCAGCCAAUGUGGAUUAUUCAUUG